GACGACAAUGGCUUACGAGAAGCGGGAUCAGCGCAAGCAUCAAUAAUAAUAAUAAUAAUAAUAAAGCGAUUCAGUCGUCACCCCUCCUCGGCUUUAUACCAAAACCGCCCGGCGGGUCCGAGAGGAGAAAAAAAAAACAUCCUUUUCUUUCCAUCACCCAGAAAGUUUAAACCGUCGCUUCUCUUCCCUAAACAUGCCACCUUUUGUACAGCCUUCGUUCGAGCUUAUUGAGGCCAAGUCGUGGGCCACCGAGUGUGUCGACCAACUGAUCUCCGAGAUCGACGACAUUAGCUUUGAACCUGAAUCGCCUGUUGUGCUGGCAACAACUGCUGCCUACCAACCUCUCGCCGAGCGAGCCAACAGCGCGCCUCCCUCACGACGACGCAUCAAACGACCCAAUAAUCCCAUUCGACGGUCGUUUUCACUAUUGGAAACCAACCUCUUUCACCACAAUUCGUCUUCUGCGCGUGGCCGUGAUGCCUCUUCUAUGGAGCAACAGAAACAACAAAAGGCUGCUCGCACAUGGUCAUCCGCUUCGGUAUACUAUAGGAACUUGCACCAUAACUCCAAUUGGAGUAGUAGCAGCAAUGGCAGCAAUUCAAGCUCCUCGCGUUCAUCGUCACCAGCAUUAUCCGCAUCGUCAUCGUCUUCUUUCAAUAAGAAGGAACGAGAAGGACGGGCCAUUUGGCAAACAACAUUUCAAAGAUACCUCUUGGAAGAGACGAAUACAAUUCCCGACAAGCCGUCCUUGUCCCUGUCCCGCUUUGUCAUGUCCGAGUUGCUUUCGACGGAGGAAACAUACCUCGAUCACCUCUCUAUCAUCAAAAGGAUAUUCAUGGAUCCACUAAUGGAGGCAGCAUCAGCACAUCCACGACCUUUGGCCAGUUUCAAAGACGUCCAGACAAUUUUCGCAUACAUCCCACAAUUGAUCAUGCUGUCGACAUCAUUUUUGCGUCGCUUACAUGGAGCAGUCGAAAAAGGAAACGACAUCGGUAGCGCGUUUUGCGAGCACUUGGAUCAGUUCGACGUCUACAUUUCAUAUGCAGCCAACUACUCCAAAGCUCAGCGCUGUGCGGCCAAUGUCCGCAAUAUUGUCUGUCGUCAUUACGUGCAAGAAAAGACAAUGAAUCGCAUGGUCUUGGCGGACUAUGCCAUUGCGCCGAUCCAGCGGAUAACUCGCUACUGUCUCCUUUUGAAAGAUCUCAAGAAGCACUCGUCCUCCUCAGAUCCCGAUUGUGCCUCGCUCGAUAGAGCCCUGAAGUGUAUGACCGCCUUGGCACACGCUAUGAACAACAUCCAGUAAAUAACUUUUUUCACCCUCAGCUCUCAUUCAUCUAACACCAUUAUUAUUGCAACUACUAUCAGCAACAGCAACAGCAACCGUUUUUCCCUACUACAUACAUACUUCACUAUCUCUAAUAGAACCCUCUGUACGUAAUAUGCCCGUUCUUCUCUUACCUCUUACUCUCCAUCUUAUAAUUAUCACAUCAUCAUAUGUAUAUUUCUCUUCAUCGUUCUUUUUCUUCCUGAACAUAUAAUUCAGACGAUAAAUGUCAUCAUCAUAUCAUCACCGUCAUCGCCACACACUAUACUCCCACCAUUCCCCCAUCGCCAUUCUUUUGCCUAUCUAAACUUGUACUUUUACGGUGCUUUCAUCCGGCACUUUACCGUUUUCGAACAAUUAAAAACACGCA